UCCCCUCCCCUUCGCGGUUCCCAAGGCAAUGCCCAAGGUGAAGAGGAGCAGGAAGCCUCCCCCGGAUGGGUGGGAGCUGAUUGAGCCCACACUGGACGAGCUGGAUCAGAAGAUGAGGGAAGCUGAGACGGAGCCGCAUGAAGGGAAGAGGAAGGUGGAAUCCCUGUGGCCUAUCUUCAGGAUUCACCACCAGAAAACACGUUACAUCUUUGAUCUCUUCUACAAAAGGAAAGCAAUCAGCAGAGAGCUCUAUGAGUACUGCAUCAAGGAGGGAUAUGCUGACAAGAACCUGAUUGCUAAGUGGAAGAAGCAGGGAUACGAGAACCUGUGCUGCCUGCGCUGCAUCCAGACACGGGACACCAACUUCGGCACCAACUGCAUCUGCAGGGUCCCCAAGAGUAAGCUGGAAGUGGGCAGAAUCAUUGAGUGCACUCACUGUGGAUGCAGAGGCUGUUCUGGGUGAAGCCUUUAGCCAUCAAACUGCUUUCUGAACUCUGAGGGAUGUCUUCCUCCUCCUCCAUGGACUGUGAGUGCCAUUACAGCCACUUGUGUGAUGGGGUAUGUCUGUACAGCAAUUAAAGCAGCAGCAUAAUCACGUGGAUCCUGCGUUAAUAGGGUUGCUUGGGGUAGGGGUUUGUGUAGCAAUUUAUUUUAAAAUAAAGCCUGUCCUCUUAAGAGA